AUGACAGGUUUUAUUUGUGCUCCUCCUCAACCAUCAAAAUCUGUUUCUCUUGCCUCAUCGGUCUUAUGCAAAGCCGCACUGACACAAUCCGUCCGGUUGCUGAGUGACUUUCCCAUUUCGGGCCCUGCCAACAAUGCUGCCAUCCAGACUGCAAAUUGGCCGCUAGUGUCCGAGCGCUGGUGCCAAUCUGGCCCAGAGGGAAAAUGGGAAAAUAGCAAAAGUGUCAUCGCUGCCCUCGAGUUUCGGCCCAGGCCACUAAUUUAG